AUGAAGGCCUCCGCCCUCCUCGUCGGCCUCGCCGCGACCGCGGCCACCGCCAUCCUCGAGCCCGGCAUGCCUCUACACCUCGUCUCCAACCCCUCCCCCUCCGAUGCCGACGCCGCCCGCAUCCCGACCUCGUACGAAUCCGCCGUCAUGGGCCGCCGCAUCCUCGCGCGGACCAAACUGGCCGAGCUCUCGACCGUCUUCCCGGCCGGCGCGCGCUCCGCCUCGGGUGGCGACCUCUCCGGCAUGCCCAUCGGCCUGAUGGACUACGUCGCCGACUGCGAGGGGGGCGGCAACCCCACGAUUCUGGCCAUCACCAUCGCCACCUCCUUCAAGAACGUCCGCGCCGGCUCCAACAUCUCCCUCUCCAUGCACUGGAUCCCGCCCUACCCGCCCGCGAAGCGCAUCUCCCUCUUCUCCUCUCUUAGAAACAAACUCUUUGGCUCCUCCGAAGCCGCGGCUGCCGCCUCGCCCGACACCGUUCCCUACUCCGCCGCCAACCUGCCGCGCUUCUCGCUGCUCGGUUACCUUGAGAAGAUCCCCGUCGACCCCGUCACCUCUCUCAAGCUCGCCCACUGUUUCAUCGACAAGCACCCGGAUGCCAAGUACUGGCUCCCCGGCAGCCCCGUCCACGAGUCCGAGUGGGUUCGCUUCGUCGUCACGUCCGUCUACUGGAUCGGUGGCUUCGGCGACCGCGCCUACAUCGGCUGGAUCCCCCUCGAUGAGUGGCAGAACGUCACCCGUGAGGAGUACGAAUCCAUCGAGCUUCCUGGUGAGAGGCGUGGCUGGAAGGAGUGGAGCGCAGACAGCUGGUUUGACGGCGUCGAUCUCUAG